UCAAACCGUUGUUAGCCUUAGCUUGGUCAAACCGCUACUCGUAUAUACUGAUGAGUGGAAGUUUCAAAAGACGGUUCUUUUGUGGUAUCUCAUCAAUAUUUGAUCACUUGAAGUAAAGAUGAAUUCAGUCCAGAAUCUGAGAGAGCUGAUCAACGAGCGACUAACUGCUGCUGCUGAAGAAAUAUUCACGGAGUUUGAGAAAACCAUCGUCCAGUACGAGGAGGAGAUCGAUCGUCAGCGCAGACUGCUGGAUAACAUCUGGAAACCAGAGAUAAAGUUCCAUACAACAGAUCUUCUACAACAAAAUGUCCAGGAGGAGAAUGUUGUUGCUGAGCAGAAUCUCUGCAAUCAGGAGAAGAACUCCAGUGUGGACCAGGAGGACCCAGAGCCUCCAGAGAUGAAAGAGGAGCAGGAGGAACUGUGCACCAGUCAGGAGGGAGAGCACCUUGUACUGAUGGAAGAGGCUGAUACACUGGUUCAGUGCAACUCCAACUGUGAAGAAAUAUCCAGAGAAAUAUUUGGAGUUUCUGAUAAACGACUCGGCCAGUUGGAUGAAGACAUCGAUGAUCAGCGCAGACUGAAGGAUAUGAUCUGGAAACCACGAAUAAUGUUACACAAAAUUGAUCACCAACAUCAAGAUGUCUGUAAAGAGGGGAAUGGUCUCCCAAAUCAGCAUCUCUGUAACCAGGAGAACAAGUUUCAUCUGGACCAGAAAGAGGCAGAACCUCCACAGAUUAAGGAGGAACAGGAGGAACUCUGCACCAGUCAGCAGGAAAAGCAGAUUGUACAAAAUCAAGCGACUGAUACUUUACUGUCGAUUUCAACUGAUAUGGACAGUGACCUCAGUGAACUGAAACCAAACAGCGGCCACCUCCUCUCUUACAAUUCACCAGUGGCUGAGAGCCCACAUCAGGACGGAAGCAAGCUUGAAGACACACGUUCAACUAGAAAUACAACACCAAAACCAAAGAGUCAUAACAGUUGCAAUGUAGCCACGUCUUCAAUGUCAGAACAUCACCGUGAUGUUGGUACAAGUGAGAAAUCUAUACAAUGUGAUGUUUUUGAAAACAUGUUUACGAAUAAGUACCAAAUCAAGAAACAUCACCAAAUCCACAAAGGUGUAAAACCAAAUGCUUGCAAUACAUGCAGAAAAGGUUUUAGUUCAUGGUCUCAGCGGAAAGUCCAUAUGAAAAUGCACACCAGUGAGAAACAGCAUUCUUGUGAAAUAUGUGGGAAACAUUUCAGUCGAAAUAAUCAUCUGACUGUCCACAUGAGAACUCACACAGGUGAGAGGCCAUAUUCUUGUGAAACGUGUGGGAAAAGUUUCAGUGUAAAUAGUAGUCUGACUGUCCACAUGAGAACUCACACAGGUGAGAGGCCAUAUUCUUGUGAAACAUGUGGGAAAAAUUUCAGUUGUGGUAGUCAUCUGACUGUCCAUAUGAGAAGUCACUCAGGUGAGAGGCCAUAUUCUUGUGAAACGUGUGGGAAAAGUUUCAGUGUAAAUAGUAGCCUGACUGCCCAUAUGAGAACUCACAACGCAACAUUCUAAGCUAACUAUCCACAUGAGAACUCACAGAGCUGAGAAACGGUAUUCUUGUGAAAGAUGUGGGAAAUGUUUCAGUCAACGCAGUCAUCUGAUUAGUCACAAGAACUCACACAGGUGAAACGCUGUAGUCCUGGAACAACGGUGGGACCAGAUCUCCGUAGAACACGCAUUCAUUCACAACGUUCAGGGUAAAAGUAGGUCUUGUAGAUUCUGUGAGUUUAUUGCAUUUCGGACUGUGACACAUGGAUCUAUCACAAUCUGCCAACCUGUCCAUUGGAUGCAUGGCAACUUUUCCAGAAGCUCAUUAUAUUUAAGUACAAAAGAAAGACAACUGGAGACAUCAUACUUCUGAGGAACAGCCUAAUAGUUUACUGUGUGUUCCAGAUAAUUAUGCAAAUGUGAUUUUUCGUUAUUGUGAAGAGACUUUUUGCUUAAUUUUACUGAAUCUGCUUUUUUUUUUACUAUUGCAAAGGCCUAUUGUGAGCAUUAUUUGGUAGUUUUGGAAUAUUUUUAUUAUUUAGAGGUGUAAUAAUCCAAUUUUCUAAUGCUCACAAUAGGCCUUUGCAAUAGUAAAAAAGCAGAUUUAGUAAAAUUAAGCAAAUAGCCUCUUCACAAUAAUGAAAAAUCACAUUUGCAUAAUUAUGUGGAACCAGGCGUAAACUAACCGUGACGUCACCCGUUGGUUUCAACGCCGAGAAAAUGAAGCCCGGAUUUUGCUACUUCCUGGUCGCCGUUUUGGAUUUUUUGGAGCCAGUGACGUAAAAAGCGUCAUCAAACAGACUGGACCGGAGAGCAACUUGGGGCAGGAUUGGCUGAGGACUCUCUUAUCCCGCCCACAUUUUACCGCAGAGGCUUCUGUUGCUGUCUAUCAAGUGUAGCCACGCCCCCUGGCUCCGCCAACUUUAACGAUUUAUUUAAAACUCAGUAUUGAUUUAUUUUAAGAUCGGCCACCUGAUCUCUCAUUUUGACCAUGAAAACUAACGGGAAAAAAAUCCUGAGCUGUAGAACAUCAGUCUAUCAAAUUUUAUUUUUUCCAAAAAUGAAUUGGGGUCUAUGGAGCAAAAGCUUUUUGGAGCCAACCCUAGCGGACGGCGGGAUAUUGCAAGUUUUUGACACUUCCGGGUGGACUUCAAUUCUGGAGCCAGAUGCAACGUCCACUAUAUAUACAGUCUAUGUGUGGAACACACAGUAUUACAUGUUGGCUAUCAGUUUCUGAUAGAGCUGAGUGGAAAGAGAUGAUGUUGCUCUCAAUUAAUGUACUGAAAAUGAGUUUACACAUCAACAUAGUUUAUUUAAUUAUUUUCCUAAUUCUCAUGUUAAGUUCAUGUGUGUAUGUGAAUUGGUUGCAAUCCAGUUCAACUUAUGUCUACAUUUCUGUGGUUUCCAAUGCAGCUAAAUGUGGAACUAACAGACCUGACUGGUUUCAUAUCUGGUAAAGCUUCAGCUUUCUGUAAGAAAGUUGAAGUAAAACGUUGAACUUGAGACUUCAGUUUGCUUUAGGACAGUUUGUUCAGAUCAGAUGACUUUGAUGUAUGUGUUGAAGUGUUGCUUUGUGAAUGAUGUACGGAGAAGAUAUUUUUCUUUUAUUUUUGUUGGUUGUUCUUGUUUUAAGUUCUUAAUUUUUCUUGGUGUGAAAAAUCAGCAUCAUACACUGUCCUCUUUUUUCCAAGUGUCUAAGUAUUUGAAUUAUUUUAUACUUUUCAAAUAUAAUGUUGAAAAUCUG